UUUACCCUCUCAAAGUCAAACCAAAAGUAUCACGCCAAGAAGUGUAUAUAUUUACAUGCACAAAUUAUGUCUUUUUGUGUAGUUUAAUAAUUAGUGACUGACAGAAAAGAAGUUAAACAGGGAAAUGGGAUUAAUGUAUUAUCGUCCUCCUUCAAGUGUUGUAUGGUUAAUUAUAGUGCCAUUAGUUCUAUUAGCUGCAUGGUAUUUGGGUGUACAGAGUUCAAAAAACUUUCUUUUGGUCAUUUCUUCUCAGCCUUCUGCAAAAAAUGUUACUACAUCUACUAAUCUCUCUGCUACUGUAGAGUUUUCUCCACCAAAAUUUGCAGCAGAAUUGGAAAAGGACCAGCUACCAAAGCAAGAUGGUGUAGAUCAUGUUACAAGGAAGAAACCCCAGAUGAUUUUUUCCAAGAAAAAGUUGAGCAAUUUAGAGAGAGUUGAAGCUGGGUUGGGAAAAGUGAGGGGUGCUAUAAGAGAAGCUCAAAGUAAUAGUAAUAAUCAAACAUUUGAUGACUCUGAACAUGUCCCUAGAGGUCCAUGUUACUGGAACCCCAGUGCCUUCCACAGGAGCUAUUUAGAAAUGGAAAAACAUUUCAAGAUUUAUGUAUACGAGGAAGGUGAACCCCCUGUUUUUCAUUAUAGUUCAAGUGAAGGUAUCCUUGGAAUAGAAGGAAUUAUGAUUCAUCAGAUUGAGAUAAGCAAAUUUCGGACGAAUGAUCCUGAGAAAGCUCAUGUUUACUUCCUUCCAUUCAGUGUGUUUUCCAUAGUAAGCUAUGUUUAUGUUGUUGAUUCUCACCAAUGGGGUCCUAUGAAGAAUACAGCUGCUGAUUAUAUUGAUGGUAUCUCCACUAAAUACCCUUAUUGGAAUAGAAGCCUUGGAUCUGAUCAUUUCAUGCUUGCUUGCCAUGAUUGGGCUCCUGAAAUUUCCACAGCGGUUCCAUACUUGUACAAGAACUCGAUGAGAGUACUAUGCAACGCGAACACUUCUGAAAGAUUCAAUCCUUCAAAGGAUGUAACUUUGCCAGAAAUCUAUCUCCCUCAAGGCACAAUGAAAGGCUUAAUUGGAGGGCCAUCUCCGUCCCAACGUUCUAUUUUAGUCUUUUAUGCGGGAGGUAUUCAUGGAUACAUAAGGCAAGUGUUAAUGGAACAAUGGGGGGAAAAUGAUGAUGAAGAAGUGCAAAUUCAUGAGUAUGUUCCUAAGAAUGUUUCAUAUUAUGGUAUGAUUAGAAAGAGUAAGUUUUGUAUUUGUCCUAGUGGAUGGGAAGUGGCUAGUCCAAGAAUGGUUGAAGCACUUUACAUGGGAUGUGUUCCUGUACUAUUGAAAGAUCAUUAUGUUGCACCUUUUAGUGAUGUUUUGAAUUGGAAAAGUUUUGCUGUUGAAAUGACUUCAAAUGAUAUACCUAAUUUGAAGAAGAUUUUGAUGGCAAUAUCUCAAAAACAGUACAUUAAAAUGCAGAAGAGAGGACUUCAAGUAAGGAGGCAUUUUGAGGUCAAUUUCCCUCCUAAAAGGUAUGAUGUUUUUCAUAUGAUUCUUCAUUCUAUUUGGCUUAGAAGGCUCAACAUUCAAGUCCGCGAUACGUGAACAUCCCAGUUUAGCGGAAAGAAUCACUGCAAUUUUACGAUGAUGAAGAAAUUUGGACAUUUCGGAUUCAACCCGUUGUUGCGGGUAAAAUACUUUAUUGUUUAUGUCAAAUUUUAUGCUUCAGUUCAAUGUAACAAAGUUAAAGUUGCUGGGUUUACCAUUUAUUCAGCGAAAACGUCAAAGA